AAUAGGCGGUGGAGUUGUAGAAACGAAGAAAAAGGAUUAGCGGAGUAUAUAACUUGGGGAAGACGAAAGCCUAUUGUUCCUCGAUCUUACCUGAGAAUGGCGACGGCGGCGACGGAGAUUCGGCGGGCGGAAGAUUCAAAGCAAAUCCAUGAGCAAGGCGCUGGUGGAGGCGGCGGCGAAGGUCUCCGCCAGUAUUACCAGCAGCGGAUACAGGAUAUGCAGCUAUUGGUCCGUCAGAAAGCUCAUGAUCUGCAGCGCCUCGAAGCUCAGCGCAACGACCUUAAUGCUCGAGUGAGGUCACUUAAGGAAGAACUGCAGCUUCUGCAGGAGCCUGGAUCAUAUGUUGGUGAAGUUGUCAAAGUCAUGGGUAAAUCGAAGGUUCUUGUCAAGGUCCAUCCUGAGGGAAAGUAUGUUGUUGACAUUGACAAGAGUAUUGAUAUCACUAAGAUUACACCUUCGACAAGGGUUGCUUUACGCAAUGAUAGUUAUGUUCUCCACUUGAUUCUACCAAGUAAGGUUGAUCCAUUGGUGAACCUUAUGAAAGUUGAAAAAGUUCCAGACUCUACAUAUGAUAUGAUUGGUGGUCUUGACCAACAGAUUAAAGAAAUAAAAGAGGUCAUUGAACUUCCAAUCAAGCAUCCUGAAUUGUUUGAGAGUCUUGGAAUCGCUCAACCCAAGGGUGUCCUGCUUUAUGGUCCUCCUGGCACGGGUAAAACUUUGCUCGCAAGAGCAGUGGCUCACCACACUGACUGCACUUUUAUCCGAGUCUCGGGUUCCGAAUUAGUUCAGAAAUAUAUCGGAGAAGGUUCCAGGAUGGUUAGAGAACUUUUUGUAAUGGCCAGGGAACAUGCUCCGUCCAUCAUCUUCAUGGAUGAAAUUGAUAGCAUAGGAUCUGCUCGUAUGGAAUCUGGAAGUGGAAAUGGCGAUAGUGAAGUUCAGCGAACUAUGUUGGAGCUUCUAAAUCAACUUGAUGGCUUUGAAGCAUCUAAUAAGAUAAAAGUACUUAUGGCCACCAAUAGAAUCGACAUUCUUGACCAAGCACUUCUUAGGCCUGGAAGAAUCGAUAGGAAAAUUGAGUUCCCAAAUCCCAAUGAAGAUUCCCGGUUUGAUAUCCUAAAGAUCCACUCAAGGAAAAUGAAUCUCAUGAGAGGAAUUGAUCUGAAGAAGAUUGCCGAGAAGAUGAAUGGUGCAUCCGGAGCUGAGCUCAAGGCUGUCUGCACGGAGGCUGGAAUGUUUGCUCUGAGAGAGCGGAGAGUCCAUGUGACUCAAGAAGACUUUGAGAUGGCUGUCGCCAAAGUCAUGAAGAAGGAAACCGAGAAAAAUAUGUCGCUGAGGAAGCUUUGGAAGUAAGUAGGCUACGAAUAUCGAACCUUGUGUGAGAUAUUACAAACUAAAUAUCCUUUUAUGAACUCAAUUCAUGGACCCCUCCCUCCCUCUUCUUUCUGUGUUGCUGUGAAUUAUUUCUUAUUUGAAUUUCCUAUCCAUCUACUAAAUUUGGAUAAAUGCUUAAUUAAAUAUUCUAAUUUUGAGUUAUAGAAUUUGCUUAUGGAGAGUGGUUUAACGUUGCA